GGGCCCUAACCCUCGACCGAAGGAAGGCAACGGUAGGAAGGACAUUUGGAGAGGGACCGUUGGGAUCGUGUGCUCGCGACGUUCGAGCAAGAAGUGAGCUAGCAUGCGGGUGAGUGAGUGAGUGAGGAGAGGCCGGAGUGGAGAAUACUACAAAGCGUUAAGGAACGUUCCCGCUCCUGAGCUGGCAUAGGCCGUUUCUACUAUUAGUACCACAACUAGCAAGCAUUGCCUUACAACGGUUGGUUUAAUGGUGAAUCGUGGUCAGUUCUGUCAAUCCAGUCGGUCUAUCGACUUGAAAAUGCUUUGCCGCUUAAUCGUGUGCGUCGUUGGGUUAAAUUACUGUCUAAUACAACUGACAUAGUAUGCGGUGUAGCUAAGAAGUGGGAGACGUGCUUAGCUUACUCACAUUCGUUUCUAACAAAAUUGCGUGAGUGACGACGAUUACAGCCACGACGACGAGUGUUGGUGUUGAUCGAGGCCGGCAGAAAUAACGAGGAAAAGAAACACAGGCACCUCAUUGGUACUCACAAGCUCAUGCUUUGGUGAAUUGUAUGCCAGCUAUGUGGUUUUAAUAGGUAAAACACACAAACUGUGGAGUCCUUGCCCAUAAUCAAAAUCUAACGAUAACAUAGUCUGCGAGUGAAAAAGUGAAAUUUACUAAAAAUUGUAUUGUGUAUGACAUUUUCUCCGGUUCCGUCGAACAUGCUAAAGUGCAGUGUGUCAUUGGUUGCAUAGUACAGGGUAACAAUAGUUGUAAUAGUAGUCUUUAUUGGAGUAGAGAAGAAUUAGGAAAAUCCAAAGCCAUAGAAGAAAUAGGAGCAGCUGUGCUGUUUCUUUCAUUCAUCGUCGUUGUAGCCUUUCGAAGCACCGUCAUCCGCUAAAGAUGCAUCGUGAACAUCAGUAUUGAAACACGAGGGACUCGAGAACGGUUGGGCAACCUUAACGCCUACGUAUCACAACGACAACUUCUGCAGAAGUAACGGCAGAGUGACAAAGAACAUGACCCUAAUGAUGAUGGCCGCUUCUUUUUCAUUAUUGCUGCCAUCGUUAGAGCAGAUCAUGCGCAUGAGCCGACGUCCUAAGCCAAUAGUCACCUCUGCGGCUCUCCUUAUUCUACUCGUCGUCGCCAUUUUCACCUGUGAGCUUCCGGUCUCUUGGGCAUUAGAUUCAAAGGCGCCCAACGUCUGCAUCAAACAUGAACGGUACCUUGCCAAUGAGACGAUAGCAUUCCGCAAACCCUACCAGGUGCGAACCUAUACAUGGUGCUUCGCUGUACCGCCGCGAUGCUCCAAAUACCGAACGGACUACACUACAGCCUAUAAACAGGUUCAACGUGAGCGAAUUCGUAAUGCGCCGACGUGCUGCAAGGGUUACGUUGAAAGUAGUGAUGGCGAGCGGUGCAUACCACUAUGCAGUAACCCUUGUCUCCAUGGCACCUGUUCAGGACCAGAAACCUGUGACUGUCUUCCUGGCUAUGGCGGUCCCACCUGCAAUUUUUUGUUGCACACGUGUCCCGCGGGCAUGUGGGGCGCUGAAUGCGAACGUGACUGCCCCUGUCGAAAUGGGGCAAGGUGCGAUCCGCUGACUGGAGCGUGCGCUUGCAAGCCCGGUUGGCAAGGUGACCACUGCGAUCAAAAGUGCAACGACGGCACAUACGGAUAUGAGUGUGGACAAAAAUGCCGUUGCCGUAAUGGGGGCCUUUGCGAUCACGUGUCUGGCGCUUGCACCUGUACACCGGGUUUCCGAGGGCCUCUUUGUCAGGAAACUUGUCCUCCAGGAACUCAUGGUGAUGGAUGUGCGUCGAAAUGCCAAUGUCAAAACGGAGGAUCGUGUAAUCCUAUCAGUGGAGAGUGUCUUUGUCCUGAAGGAUGGACUGGAGCUGUUUGCGCCGUACCGUGUCCUUCUGGAUUCUACGGUCCUGAUUGUAGCCUACGAUGUCCUUGCUACAACGAUGCCUUAUGCGACCAUGUUACUGGGCGAUGUCAUUGUCCGCCAGGAUAUACCGGCUCUCGAUGUCAAGAUGAAUGCUCUCCAGGCACGUACGGUCUCAACUGUUUAAAAAGCUGUGACUGUCUCAAUGGGGCAUCGUGUGACGUGACAAACGGACACUGCGUAUGUGCCCCGGGUUUUGUAGGUCCACGCUGCGAAACGCGAAAGUGCGCUGACGGUCUCUACGGAAAAAACUGCGAUUUGGUCUGUCAGUGCCAUGCCAAGAACACCAAACUCUGCCAUCCGUGGAGAGGAUCAUGCGAGUGCCGUGCUGGGUCCUACGGAGAACUCUGCGAGCGGUCCUGCCCGACACUUACUUUCGGUGAGGGUUGUAGCCAACAGUGCGACUGUGCGAACGGUGCGGAGUGUGAUCCUGUCAAUGGAACAUGUAUCUGUGAGCCUGGAUUCUACGGAGCUGACUGCUCCCUAAAAUGCCCGCCAGGGAGCUAUGGCCGAUCGUGCGAGGAGAGCUGCAUUUGCGACAACAAUGCUACAUGUUCUCACAUCACUGGGCAAUGCACCUGCCCUUCAGGGUACUUCACGUCGAGGUGCAACCGGGUUUGCCCUCCUGGCCUCUACGGUUCAGGUUGUCAAACGCGGUGUCAAUGUGCAAAUGGCGGAGAAUGUGAAGCAAGAACUGGUCAGUGUCGCUGUACUCCAGGUUUCUAUGGAGAACUGUGCGAGAAACGGUGUGAGUCUGGCUAUUUUGGCCCGGGCUGCAGCCACAAGUGUGACUGUGAAGAGAACAAUUCUAUUGGAUGCGACUCAGUAACUGGUGAAUGCCGUUGCUUGCCAGGCUAUAGCGGUUGGCGGUGUGAAUCGGAAUGUAUACCACCCGGCCUUUUUUGGGGGGCAGACUGCUCGAAUGUAUGCCCGUGCACUAAUAACGGUACCUGUAAUCAGUUCAGCGCCGACUGCAGCUGUCCUCCUGGAUUUUACGGCCCUAAAUGCAAGAAAAGGUGCUCUCAAGGAUACUUUGGCCUGGGGUGCAAGCAACAGUGUCCUCGCUGUGAGAAUGCUCUUAGCCUAUGCGAUUCGGUAACGGGCUCAUGCUCAUGUCGAUCCGGAUGGACUGGAUUAACGUGUUCAAAGACGUGUUCCCCGGACUUCUGGGGUGCUAACUGCAGCGAGCGUUGUCAGUGUUUUCACGGAGGUGAAUGCGACCCUCAAACAGGCUCAUGCUUUUGUCUCCCCGGUUGGAAGGGCCCCCGUUGUGCUGAAGCCUGCCCCCACGGAACAUACGGUUUCAACUGUACUAAAAAAUGUUCAUGUGUAAACGGUGGCCAGUGUCGUGCAACAGAUGGAGCCUGCAUGUGUCCCCAUGGAUGGACAGGUAGCCGUUGUCAACAGGUUUGUCCUGAAGGCUACUUUGGAGAACAUUGUUUUCAGGCUUGUAAGUGCGACUCAAAGCCGGGAAUGUUCUGCGACCCAGUGAAAGGUUGUGUGUGCCGCGGUGGAUUUUCAGGUCGGGAAUGCGGCACGCUGGUAGCUGGAAGUGUAAUGCUUAGAGAUCACACUGCCUAUAACAAUCAGCCACAGGGGGUGAUGGCUGGGGUUCUUUUCUCAACGUUUCUAUGUUGCGUCGUUCUCCUAUGUGUGGCAUUCUAUUACCGACGAAGAGUGAAUAGACUCAAAUCUGAACUUGCCUAUGUGACCUAUACGGCGGAACGAAUGACCCCGGAACAUCAUCUAGAUAAUUCAACCUAUCAGGCGAACUAUCAGGCUACCCCCGAUUGCGGAGCGGUGAGCAACGUUCAAACUUUGCUUCCGAAUAAUAUCAAAUUUGUGAACAAUGACCUUUCCUCGACGAACAGUUUUACCUCAAACAGCAUCGGAAAUCUUCCCGUAGGAAUCGGUGCUGCUGGACCUUCAGAGGUACGUUUAUGUGAGUUGUCCUUUACAGGCGUCCAGGCUGUAUGUACAUUAAGCCACACAAAAAACUCGAACGUGGAGCGAGCAAAAAUCGGAGAAGAUUCGUACUAUGCCACCAUGGGAAGAGCCCAGCAUUUCCAACAACAGCAGCGGCAUGGAUCAGAUGGAAGCGGCGGAAGAGGCGGAAGUAAAAAGGGCUGUUGCAGUACAACUCUGCCCCGUUCUGGCCAGCAAGGGACAUUUGGCCUGAAUACGGCUUCAGGUGGCGAAGAAUAUGCCGCUAGAAAGAGUAAAGAAUUGGACUUCCGGCCUAACAUUUACCAGAGCAUUGAUGACCUGAAAACGUUGACAAAAGAGCCAUUUUAUUGCGAGGUCCGGGACGGUAAAUCAACGAUGUCAAAAGAUGAGGACAUUUCUAACCAGCUGGAAGCGUCUAAUUGCGCGGCAGGUGAGGGUGAAUGCUCAAACGCGCGCGAAUCUCGGCAGCGGGGCAGCACGAGCACGCUACGUAGCACCGAUGAGAACAACGAAUAUUCAUCGAAGUUAACAUUAAAAGCGGAAAAAUAUUACGGUGUUGUUCUCAAGAAGGGUGAAGAUCCGAAAGUGUAAAUAAUGUUAUCCAUGCUAGCGUUGCCUGUAAAUACUAUCUAGAGAAAACGACAAUAGAUAUAGACAAGGUAUAUAUAGAUCAAAACAAAUAAGGAAGAAGAUAACUCUUGGCUAUCAAAAAAAAAACACUCAUAUAUUCGCACGGCCACCAUAUUUGUUUGACGCACUCACACAUUAUUACUAUUAGGGUAAUAUUAAGACAUUAUUUAGCAGUCUUGAUCAAAAGUAGAAUUUAGCUGUGCUUAGUACAAGCAUAGCUUUCGUUCGGAACUGAUGCAUAAUGUAAUUCUUUGAUGUAAGUACCUGUUUUUUUCCUAUGGCUAGAGAAAAUUCAGGAUAGCAGUUGACGCUUUUUUUUUUCGACGAGUGGAAGAAGUGCGCAUCGUGCGAAAAAAAAAAGAAAAAAAAAAAGAUGUUUCCUAUUUGUUCACACGUAACGCGAUCCAUCGGGCACAUAUAUGUAAUAGGCCUAGACAUUGUUGCUAACAAUCGCUCUGCACUUCGCUUCCGAUUGUUUUGCUCAAAAUUCGACAAGUCACUAGUGUGUAUACACGUAUUGAAGCAUGAUAGGUCAGUUGCAGGAUGACACUAGUUGAAGUAGCUAACGGAAGUGGCGAAUGAUCUGUAAAUACUAUGGAUAUAAGAACGACGGUGUUUAUUAUUAGUGAUCAGUGUGGCAGAAUGAGAGAAGAGAGAAAGCUCAGAAGAAACAGGGAGUGAUGCUAAUUAGUUAAAUCAUUCAUUCAUAAUAACAUUAACACAGUAAGACCUAACAGUUGCCCCGUUCUGUUGGCGUAUUGAGUGCAUUUAAUAAACUGUUCAAGCUAAUUGCAACUCUAACAAUGGUUGUA